CUGAUGAGGAUUUGUGUAUCUGAAUCACAGAUGACACUGUAUACACUGGGUGUGACCCUCCCCUGUUCUCUGCCCAUUGGGUCUGUGACUGAUCUUACUCCCUUUGAUGACAACAUUGUUAACAAAAUCCACUACUUGUUUUCUGAAGUCAACGCAGUUCAAUGUAGCAUGGUCAGAGACACAUUGACCACAUUUAACAACAAGAAGUACAAGAUUGAGACGCCUCUCUCUUGCUACCAAGUUUUGGCUCAGGAUUGCACCAUAGAGCUCAAAUUCAUGGUUCUGCUGAAGAAGGAUCACGCAUCUGAACAAAACCACAUCAAUGUGAAAAUCUCUGACAUUGAUAUCGACCUGUACCCUAAGGACAAUGAUGUACUAGUGAAGGUCAAUGGAAUAGAAAUUUCCAACGACAACCUCCCAUACCAGGACCCCUCAGGUUCUAUCAAGAUCAAACGGAAGGGUGAAGGCGUGUCUCUCUAUGCCCCAAGCCACGGUCUCCAAGAAGUCUACUUUGAUAAGGACUCAUGGAAGAUUAAAGUUGUGGACUGGAUGAAGGGACAGACCUGUGGACUCUGUGGAAGGGCUGAUGGCGAAGACAGACAGGAGUACCGUACACCCAGUGGCCGCCUUACCAAGAGCUCAGUCAGCUUUGCCCAUUCCUGGGUGCUUCCUUCUGAGAGCUGUCGUGAUGAGUCUGAAUGCCUCAUGACGUUCGAGUCUGUGAAGCUGGAGAAGCAGGUGAUUGUUGAUGCCGAGGAGUCCAAAUGCUACUCUGUUGAGCCUGUGCUGCGCUGUCUGCCUGGAUGCCUCCCAGUGAGGACCACCCCCAUCACCAUCGGUUUCCACUGCCUGCCCGUCGAUUCCAACCUGAACCGCUCUGAAGGUCUGAGCAGCAUCUAUGAGAAGAGUGUGGACCUGAGCGAGAAGACAGAAGCCCAUGUGGCCUGUCGCUGCUCUGACCAGUGCAUUUAGUGCUCUGGUGGAGCAGAUACUGUAACUUUUAUAACAGAAAAUAUGUAAUUUCACAUCACUGAGAUGUAACCUACAACAUUAUUGAACACUCAAAUUGUAAUAAAUCCAACUGUGCAUUCAAA